GUUGGCGUUAGUGGGAAUGGGGUGCAUGAGGAGGACCAAAGAGGAAGAAAAUAAAAGGAGAAAAAUAAUUAUAGAGACCCUCGGGGGCUAACAGUCCACCAGCAGAGGCCUUGACCCAGGGGUCAUAAUCUAAAACUUAUACGGUACCUAUGAAGAAUACAAAUUAAGAGUAUGACAAACACAGAUCCCCGGAAACACCAGAGGUGGGAUCAGGUGCCUAGGAGGAGUAAGCAUCUCCUGCUGACCAGUCACACCCGCCGUGAGCCCUCUAUCUUGAUCAGGUAAGCGGUGUAAUCCGUAGUCAAAAUGUUUCAUUGAAAUUUUAUAUUUUCCCAAAAAGUUUUAUAUACUCUGUAAUUGAUACGAGAAAUAAUUGAUAGAAAUUGACUUUAGCUAAAUCCCUUUAAAUUUUCUCAUUAAAUACAUGUAUGUUAGAACAUUUAUAUAUGAAGAUAUUAAAAUCUAUCUAUAUAUACAGUUUGAUAUCAUUUACACAUUGGAGAUUGGAGAGUUCCGCCUUUCAGUCACUUUUCAGUUUACUGAAUGGAAUACCAAGGUGGUUUCAUCUAGUGGAGGCACUUCCAGAUUUUAUAAUACGCAUCUGCUUGGUGCAAGGAUAAAAGUGGAGAGAAACUUGUGACAUUUCAAGUACUUUUCUCUAUAGUAUGAAUAGUCUCAAUGCAUUUGAAAUACCAAUUCGCGGAAAUAAUGUCAAACUGAGAUACUAUAUAUAAAGUAUUUCCCGUUGCUAUUAUAUCCAUAUUUUUUCCUUUUUGAAACAAUGAUGAACUGAAUGUUCCAGUCAGAGGAAUGAUGGACCGUGCAACAAGCAGGCAGUAUUCUAUGUGUUCAUUGUUGUUUUUAAUGACGUUUUCAUCAGUUUACAAUCAAGAAUUUUCAACGAACGUUACUGUAUGGGUGGAUCAUUGUGUUCUACACACCAAUUAUACAGCACCAGCUGGAAAUGGCACCUGUUCGGCGUACAAAUAUCGUGUCAGCGUGAAUAUGUAUACCAAAGAAAAUAAAAAGAUAUACCUAUCCACUAUCGAUACAAGUGACUUGAAAUAUUCUUACAACGGAAUAAAUUCGUCCAACCGUUAUGGCAUUGAGGUUAACCCAGCACUAAAAUGCCUAAAUCUUGGUUUAACAUUUGGGGAGAUCAGGGAAAAGAAUGUCAUUGCUUUAGCUGAAACUUCGCCCCAAACAGUCCUUGCUGCUGAAGCUGAAGACCUCUCCAUAUUGUGUCCAUUCCAUGGCGCCUACAAGUCAUAUACUGUGAUAAAGUGGCAGCACAUAUUAGGAAUUAAUAAGAUCGUCGUUAGAAAUUUCACUACAAUAAGGGUGAACCUUGUUAACAUAACGUAUGAAGAUUCGGGAAUGUAUUAUUGCACGGUGGAGUAUUAUCCAUGUGGGAGCAAUUCCCGAGGACCCAUGUACAAAGAAGGAUUUGUUUCUGUUAAUUUCGAAGGUCCGCCUGUUAUUGCUUCUGUAAUGAGAACAAUCGAAGGAGAUAAUAUCAGUUUAAUUGUACAAGUGGUAAGCUUUCCACAACCUCCACGGCCAACAAUUGCUCUAGCAAAUGGAAAUGGACACAAAGUAAAAGUAAACUCUUCCGGGUUUGUACCGGUAGUCUUUCAGUACCCCGCAUACGGACAAAGUGUAAAGGUUAGUGGAUACGAGACAAAAAUCACAAUUAGGAACAUGUCAGUGGAAUGGCUUGGACAAAUCAAAGUUUUUGUGACAAACGGACAUGGAACCCAGGAAUAUACCGUCACCACUACAAACGACGACAGAGAAAAAAAGAAAACGUUAGCUAUAAAUCACAGAGAAGGUAUCCAGACAAACUUAAUUGAGCCAAAUUUACACUAUUUCCAUCAACGAAAGACAGACUUGCAGAAGUGUACAUGCCGUUUAUUGCCUUAUGUCACAUACCUCAGAGUCAGCUAAAUGUCCACAAAAUAACGAAGACACGCAUCUAUGAACUCAGUAAGAUGUUUUGUUGUUUAUUGUACUACGCAGACAUUUAUAAUCCAGGCACAUAGCAUUGUUUUCCGGAAGGGGGGGGGGGUAACUUGCUGAUACAAAUCUUCAAUUUUUAUGUACUCUUUUUAUGAGAAAGGUGCAGAUAACGAACAGUGAUCAAUCUCAUAACUCCUACAAGCAAUACAAAAUAGAUAGUUAGGCAAACACGGACCCCUGGACACACCAGAGAUGGGAUCAGGUACAUAGGAGGAGUAAGCAUCCCCUGUCGACCGGUCACACCCGCGAUGAGCCCUAUAUCCUGAUCAGGUAAAGGGAGCUAUCCGCCGUCAAAAAAGGAGAAAAAUUACUGUCACAAAAGGGAAGGGUCAGAGGAAGUUUAUAUUAGUAUAUCAUAGAUGAAAAAAGAAGAAAAACUGUCAUUGUAAGGGGGAAAGGGGUCGAAACGUUGUCAUACUACACUGCACUGAGCACUACAUGUAUGCAUGUUUGCAAAGUGGUAAAAGACGUGCAACUAAAACCCAGUGUUUACAAAUCGUACUGUGCUUGAUAGCCAUGGAUUACAUUCUGAUGACAUUAAUAAUUAAUGCAUAAAUUUGUAUAAAUGGAUCAGUUAAACAUAGUAGCGAAUGUUUCAACAAAACCUAAAUGAUGACCCUACCGGGAUCUGCUGAAAGUAAUUUUGUUUUGUUUUGUUUUCUUAGCAAUAUGAUGAGACAAUAGCUGGAUACCAAGUCCCAUGUGAUGUUACAUGUAAAUAGGAGGAAAUGCACCUGUCAGGAUACAUGCACAUAUGGAGAUUGGAUAGAACAAUAAACCAAUUCAAGUGCUCUAAACUUUUCAGUAAAACAAUUACUGUCACUACAUAAUUUAGAAAUGUUGACUCAUAAUCUUUGAUUAAUGUUAAUGUAUAUUUGAUCAGAAAUUUUGAGAGAGAAAAGAGUAGGUAAGAAAUAACGAAACUGUUCAAUAUUAAUAUAUACAUUUCUUUAAUUACUGAAUUUCAAAGACCAUAUUUAUUGAAGACCCUUCGAAAAGCAUCCUAGUCAUUAAUAAUCAAUCUUGAUGAAGAGAGUCAGACUAAUACGGACAAGAUAUUUGAAGAAUAAAUCCCACCAAUGGAUUGUUGUCAGUCUUACUAAAGCCAGCCCUACUAAUUGUUGUGAACCAAUAUGCUAUUACAAUAAAAUAUUUUUGUGAGUAAACGUUUGUUUAUUGGCAUUUAUUGGGUGACGAUUUUAGAAAUCCCUACAUUCCAAUCUAAACCAGUGGAUAUAUGGGUUAUCAUAUUGGUAUGUAAAUUUAACAGUAUCCAUACAACAAGAACUCAUGAAUAAAAGAAAAAAGGGAGGACAUUAAGAAGAAAUAUUGGUCACAAUACCCUGGCUACAUAUCCUUAAUUCCUUAUAGUAUUAUACAAGUUUAUUUUCGCAGCAAAUAUAAAAGUGGCAGUAGUAGAUCAAGUUUAAGCAUUUUAAUAUCAUAAAGAUUUCCAUAAGAAAUUUUAUAUGAAUUGAUGGAAAAUUUCGUAACACCUUUCAUCUUGAAGGUUCAAAAUCAUUAAUGAUUGUGAUCAUCCUAUUGGUACAUAUGUACAUGUAUUUUAUUUUUAAAACAACGGAAUUGCUAGUGAAUGACAUUGGUUUUUAUUUAUGAUUCAAUUUGAUUUUAUUUGUGUACAUAAACGAAUUUUUCUUCCUUGGAGUUGGUUUGGACUUUGAAAAUACCAUGGAUUAAACAGAUGCUGGUUGAGAAACCUCUUAGGUCAUAUUUUAAAAACCAUUUAAAUUAAGAGGAAAAAUGUUUUAUAUUACAAAGGGAUAAGAGUGACCUAUAAGUUUGUUUAACUAUAAAAAAAAUAAUUCUAAAUUAGAAGCCGACUUAGUCUAAUUGCCCCUACCACUAAUGAAGCAAACUAAGCAGCAUGAAAGCUUUGGAGAGGUGUGGUUUAGUUUAAAAUGGUUACCAGUGGCAGAUCUAAAAUUUGCCAAAAGGGAACCCAAUAGGCUAGGAACUCUAGGGUUUUGAGGCAUUUUUUGUUAAUUUUAUGGGUUAUUCUUCCAAUUCUUUAUACAUUAAAAAUCAAUAAAUGACAAGAAAUAAUUGAUUUGUUUAUUUCUAUUGACUUGUCUCUAAGUUAAUGCCAAAUCUACUGCUUUUAUUUUGUCACAGAAUAGUUAAAUGCAGACAACUGCAAUCUAUUAUGGGGCCAAUGUUACUAUAAAUGUAUACUUGUAUAUGUAUAUGUACAGUAUUUGUAUAUAUUUUCAUGCUGGCCCUUGAGGGUCCUUGAUUGGUAAAUAAAAUAUGCUCUUUGUUCUAUAGAUCUAAUGAUUCAAAAGAGAAGAAUGCGGAAGCACUCGUUUUAACACCCAAACCUGUCGUUUCGAUGUGAUUCGUACGCUUUUAUGAGUGGAGUGAAAUAAUUUGAAAGCAUAUAAAUAAAAAUGAAUUAUCAAAAUCAACCCAUCUCCUUCAAACGGGAUGAAAUGAUGACCCUUCGAAAGUAAUCUAACAAAAGUCUAACCAGGAUUAUCUCGAAAGCGAUUGCAGUUGCCGUCAUUGUUUACUUUCUUUGUCCGAGUCUCCGUUGUUGCUAUGACCUAACCAUGGUGGGCGGGGUUUAUGCUGCGACAGUGGAUCGGUGUAUUCUUCACGAGAAAGAGUUAUCUGAAAUACAAUACCCCGACAUCACGUUCUAAGGAUCGUGUGUAUACCUAAAAAAAAAAAAACACCAUGAAAACCUGAUCACAAAAACCUUCAUAUUCAUAGUGAUCAAAGAACAUCUGA